AACUGACGUGGAUUCCUGCUUCACAACGAGUCAAGUGUUUGAAAGUAAAGAGACUGGUUUUUCUGUGAAGCGACAGUUUUACUAUAAAGCCUUUGAAUGGAAGCGAAACCCUGAAGAGGGAAGCUAGAGAGAGGCUCUACAGUUGAGCGGUGAGACACCCCUGGCGGAGAGGACAGGAUAAAGGGAUUUCUCAGAAACGCUGUUCACUUUAAAACGAAAGUGAAACGGAUAAUUUUACAGGAAUCACUGGAGUUGUGUUAGUGUAGUUUAUGGCCUGAACGUUUAUUUAGCUCCUUACCGAACAGCAGCGGACAGAUGAUCAAACCAACAAGGAGAGAGGACGUGAAAAACAAUGUGGAUAAUACUAUAACGUCAGAUUUACCGCGCCUUCUCUCUCCUAGUUUGGACGUCUAUUGAUGAUCAAGAACAGGAUUAAUACCGCAGUGAUUCGGUUUAAAAACACGAUUCUGAUUCGGAAAAUAUAAAAAGUGCAACAGAAAAAAACCGACAUUGCACUCGUUUUGCAAAACGGAUGCCAGGGAACUGUGUAGCGAUGGGAGAGGGUUGGGACCGCUCUCCCCUGUAGGAUGGUCGCUCACAGCACUGUGGAAGAACAAGACACAACGCCUUCACCUUCAUCGUCACCUUCUAGACCCAGGGACACCUCCACCCUCCUCUCGACUCCACACUCGGAGGACCACCACGCUACCUCGCCACCACCAUCGUCAUCCGUCUCCCAGUCACACCGUCAGCACCCAUCCAACCAGUGUGUGGCGUCCCCUAUCCCAGUCCUGUUAGACCACCAGCCCCCUCUGCCCCUCCUGGACCCGGUGCCCACCCACUUUCCUCUGUUCCCCUGCAAGGUAGACUUCCUGUUAAUCACCCGGACAGCCUCCAUGUUGGAACGCUCCGGCUUCUACUGGGGCCCGCUAGGCGUGGAGGAGGCUCACAGUCGACUGAAGGACGUUGCCACGGGAACAUUCUUGAUCCGGGACAGUCGUCAGAAAGACGUCUUCUUCACGUUGUCCUAUCGCGCCGCCAGCGGCCCGGUCAGCGUACGCAUCAUCUAUAAGGGACAGCGGUUCAGCCUGGCAGGAAGUGAACACUCUUUCCCCUGCCUCUUCCUCCUACUGGAACACUACAUGAAUUGCUCUAAGAAAAGCCUGACUGUCCCGUACAGGAAGCGGCGGCCGACGCUCCAGGAGCUGUGCAGGAAACAGGUCGUGGAGUCGUGCUGCGGCGAGGUGGAGCGGGUCGCGAGGGUCCCCGUCAACCCAGUCCUGAAACACUUCCUGUUAGAGUUCCCGUACAGGAUAUGAUGUCACAAGGGGGAAUGCCGUUGAGGCGGGACUUGACUAACGGAGAGUUGAGACUCCAUGGAGUUUCGGGACUAAAAAAAAAUGAUUUGGAUCGGGUCGGUACUUAAGAAUUUUGGGUCGGGUUUGCUUUGAAACUAGAGACCCCCGGGGUCGUGGUUAGAAACGAGGUCAGAGUUCAAAAACCCGCACCCUAUUCUCUAAACGGUGCACUACUUGGACAGGGUCAUAGGUCACACUUGGUCUGGGUUGGGUUUAUCCGGGUCGGUGGGUCCCUGGAGGACCGUAUGUGGACGACAACAACAGGUUAUGGGGCGGCGCUGCAUUAAAGAACCACCGGGGUGGGUGUGUUCUGAUCCGGGUCUCGCUGACCGUGUGAGGUGGACAGUAUGGUCUCGCUGACCGUGUGAGGUGGACAGUAUGGUCUCGCCGACCGUGUGAGGUGGACAGUACGGUCUCGCCGACCGCGUGAGGUGGACAGUACGGACUCGCCGACCGCGUGAGGUGGACAGUACGGACUCGCCGACCGUGUGAGGUGGACAGUACGGUCUCGCCGACCGUGUGAGGUGGACAGUACGGUCUCGCCGACCGUGUGAGGUGGACAGUAUGGUCUCGCUGACCGUGUGAGGUGGACAGUAUGGUCUCGCUGACCGUGUGAGGUGGACAGUAUGGUCUCGCUGACCGUGUGAGGUGGACAGUAUGGUUAGUGGACUGGUUCUGCCGUUGUAGGCAGGACUGGGUUCGCUGUAGCACAACAAAUGACGCACAACAGCAAUACUUUACUGACAAUGUUUACAAUGUUGUUUACAAUCUUUACAACGACCAGGAAUAUUUACGCUACACAAUAUUACAGUACUGUAUGUAUAACUGUGUACUAUGUAGUACUAACGUGUAUAACUGUGUACUCUCUGGUACUAAUGGGUAUACCUGUGUACUCUCUGGUACUAAUGGGUAUAACUGUGUACUAUGUAGUACUGACAGGUAUAACUGUACUAUGUAGUACUAACAGGUAUAACUGUGUACUAUGUAGUACUAACGGGUAUAACUGUACUAUGUAGUACUAACAGGUAUAACUGUGUACUAUGUAGUACUAACGGGUAUAACUGUGUACUAUGUAGUACUAACGGGUAUAACUGUGUACUAUGUAGUACUAACAGGUAUAACUGUGUACUAUGUAGUACUAACAGGUAUAACUGUGUACUAUGUAGUACUAACGGGUAUAACUGUGUACUAUGUAGUACUAGCAUCAUAUCUGCUGUGCAGACUCUCUCUUCUAAGAGUGUUUUAAUAAUAAAUAUAACGUUUAUAUUUCA